UAGAAACCAUAUUUUGCUUCUCCUAAUCUGCUGGGUGCUGACGUUAACGAACUCUUCAACCUUCCCCAAUUUGUCCAUUAACCAUUUCGCCAUCAUAACUUCCAUCACUUUGCUUUGGCUCCCAGUUUUCACCUUAACGCUGAAACAAUCAUUUAACACCAUUUUCCUUCAAUCAAAUUAUACUAUAGUACUACAAAAUUUGGUGAAACCCAGCUCCUUUCAAUCAAACAAACCCUUCAUUAACUUCUGAGGCUAUUUCGGUUCGCCCCUUUUUAUUCUGAUGCUGUUCGUUACAAUUUUGAGUUUUGAUCUGUUUUGGGAAAGACAAUAGGUCUACUGGAAUCAUGUCAAGACCAAUGCUGCUUGUCUGUCUGUUGUUGAUACUGAUUAUUACAUCCCAAUUUGAAUGGAGACAGCAAUUGGUAAGGGACAUGGAUACGAAUCCGGCGGAGUCUCAGAAGCAACAACCGAUCUCAAAAAGAGAAGAAGGUGUGAAAGAAAAGAUAAUCUUGUCACAGGAAAAGAGCAUCCAGAAACUGAAUGAGGUUGUCAAGAGUCUUAGAGAACAACUGCAGCAGUGCCACAGCAUUAAUGAAACGACGACGCUGAAUGCCACAUUAAGCUCCUUAGCUGAAAGUAUUAUUGAACUUGAGCGCCAACAAAUUCUAGAGGACUGAACUCAACCUCUCGACUCUUCUUUCUUUACAUAAUGCUUGUGUAACAUUUCUUUUCUUUUUUGUGUAGGAGUUUAUCUUCAAGUCCAAAAUUACAUUAUUCUAAACAAAAGUACUCUUUUGCUGUUACUAUAAAUUUUUAACGCAAAAA